AUGAAAUACUCACUCAUUCUCCUCGUCUGUUUCCUCGCCUUGCCGGAUUUCGGUCUGAUGGAAUCCCCGGCCGAUGGAGAGGAGAUAAUGGAUGAAGCUCAUGUGAUGCCUCCAUGGCAUGGGGUGAUUGCCCGUGAUCAGCCUCGACCAUGUUGCCCAAUGGGAUGCAUCGAUCAUUGUGACUCAGAGAAAUGCGUUUAUUGGUGUGGCUUUGAGGGCAAUUGUUGU